AUGGUGAACAAGGUCUGCGAGGAUUUUGAAUUGGCCAACUUAACGGCGGACCAAUUUAAAAGUCUCAUUCUCAUCUGCGGUCCGCAAUCAACGAAAGAUGCAGACAUACGAACGAGGCUACUGUCCAAAUUGGAAGCAACUGGUCCGGAAGACGAAUGCAGUCUCGAAAUUCUGGUCAAGGAUGCUCAACGACUGCAAAAUUUGAAGCUCGACACGGCGAUGGUUGAACAACAUCAACAGGUGACCUCUGUCUGCACAGUCAAGCAGAAGAAAUUUCCAGUCAAGCCAUCCGGUUCACAUUCAAAACCCAUCAAGACUUCAACCAACCCAAAGACUCCAUGCUGGCAGUGCGGCGGAAUGCAUUUUGUCCGCGACUGCAGCUAUUCAAGCCACGUCUGCAGGGAUUGCAGGCAAACCGGACACAAGGAAGCUUAUUGUGAUUGCUACAAACCGAAGCCGCAUUCAAAAGCCAAGGUUUUCAAGAAGCGAUCCGUGAAAGGUGUUUUUGCUGAAAACAACAUCAACUGCGUGUCAAGCCGGAAGUUUCUUACUGUUCUCAUCAAUGGUGCUGCAGCAACGCUUCAGUUCGACACAGCAGCAGACAUCACCAUCAUUUCGAAACAUCAAUGGAGCAAGAAACUCGGAUCACCAGCACAUUCAGCAACAACACGCACCGCCACGACAGCCUCAGGUAAGCCCCUUCAUUUUCUGGGUGAGGCCAAAGCUGAAGUGACGCUAGGAGACAUCAAGGAAACAUCGAUCUAUUACGUCACCGACAAUCGUCUGGACCUUUUCGGUCUGGAAUGGAUUGACCUGUUUGAGCUUUGGGACAAACCAUUAUCAGCGAUAUGCAAUCAAGUCCAAAUCGAAUCUUCAAACUACAUCCAGCGAUACAAAGCUAAGUUUCCUGAGGGUUUCAAAUCCACCCUGGGUCACUGUACGAAGACGAAGGUUCGAUUGUACCUCAAGCCCAACGCUCAACCUGUUUUCAAGCCGAAACGUCCAGUGCCAUUCAUCUCCGUUGAGAAAAUCGAUUUGGAACUGGAACGCUUGCAGAAACUCAACAUUAUCUCGCCUGUGGAAUUUUCCCAGUGGGUGGCUCCAAUUGUGGCUGUCAAGAAACCAGGAGGACGAAUCCGAAUUUGUGCCGACAACUCAACCGGUUUAAACGCUGCAUUGGAACCGAACAACUAUCCACUUCCGAUUCCCGAUGAUAUCUUCAGCAAGCUCAACGGAUGCAGAUUCUUCAGUAUCAUCGAUCUCAGCGACGCAUAUUUGCAAGUUGAGGUUGACGACGAUUCGAAGCAGCUUUUGACCAUCAACACGCAUCGUGGAUUGUUCCGUUGCAACCGGCUCGCACCUGGGGUCAAGUCAGCUCCGGGAGCCUUACAGCAGUUGAUGAACACCAUGAUAGCCGGUCUGAAAGGUGUCGAAUCUUUCCUGGACGAUAUUCUGGUCUACAGCCGAACCGAAGAGGAACAUCGGAGCAUUCUGGAUGGAUUAUUUAUGCGAUUCAUCAACAAUUGUUUCCGAAAAUGGCACCCAAUUUAUAUCGAAACAAUUCGAAAAUUUCUGCGGGAGGAACGUUAUUCAACAUUUGCGGAUUUCGCCAUAUCAUCCACAAUCCAACGGUCAGGCUGA